CGUCGACUGUAAGAGCGCCCGCCUUGAUGACGACCCAUGGCGCGAGCGAUCCUGUCAUGGACGCAACGAAGCCAUGGUUCGAAUUCGGACGAGCAAUCCUCGACGGCGCUCUUCAAGAUGCGUGCAAGCGUAUAGAUUUGCUGCUCGCCACCGGUACGCCACGAUUCCAUCAACGCGUCUCAUCUCACUAAAUUGGAGCAACCAGAGCAGUGCGCUGACAGCAGCGUAGCGGAUGGUGAGCUUCGAAACAUCAGAGCGAAAACAGAUGCGGGUGCAGCACCAGUCCGAUCUCUGGGCGAUCAAGGUCUAAGCUUCGACGAACCGCCAACCUCAACAGCUCCUCUGCUCCUCACACCAGUGCCCAUUGUGUCGCCGUCGAAAGUGGAUGAGAACAGUGUGGCGACGUUGCAGGCCGAUAAUGCUCAGCUCCGCCGGAGGUUCAAUGCACUGUCAAAAAACUUCAAAACGGCCCGCGAUGCGCUCCAGAGGAGGAAAGACGAACGGGAGAAGUGGAUUGAGCAUGCCGCGUACCUCGAAGGCCUAAUCGACGCGGCGGAGAAGGAGCAUGGCAUUCGAAUUCUACCGCGACGAGACCAGCUGGCCGAACCUUCGACAAGGACGAUGACUAGUACAAGCGAUCCGAGCUCCAAAGGUAAAUCAACAUCCGAAAUCGACAAUGGAACGACACAUGUCGGCAAUGAAUCGCCCUCAGCUCCAAGGACAGCCGCUAACCCCCAAGAGCCGGUGCCCGGUCCGUUACACUCGGACUCAACGCAGGGAGAUGAAGAGGAGUCUGCAGAGAACCUCCCGCCACUCCCCCGCCAGGACGUUCUCGAUGAGGUAUCAAUUAAGCAGGAGCCUUCGUCAGACGUCCUCGUGGUUGUAUCUGAACGCAUAAUUCGGAAAAGAAAACACGAAGAUAUUUCAGGACCACCUGUCAAAUCAGAACCCAAGGAGGACUCCAGUCCCAUAUUGUCUGGCGGGCGCUACGGCGUGCAGACUCAGGAAAGUCUUGACUUGGAUGACAUUGAGAAACGCAUGGAGACGCCGAGGAAGCGCAAGGACCAGGAGCACGUGUCCUCAAGCGCCUUAGAUGCAGCUCCACGGCCGCAUAUAUCGUUUGCUACACCUAUAACCGCUCCGGCUAGGCAACCUCUCUUGCCACAGUCAGCGCCUAGAUUCGUCAGGUCGUCGGCACUUGCACCUCUUAGUGUCAAUGUGCGGUUGGCAAGGUCAGCUGAGUGCAAGCCAAGAGACACCCCGAGGAACAAGCGCCACCUUGGCCAUGCGAUUGGGACUCUUGCAGAAGACGGUGGCGUCUAUGGGACGAACGCUUCUGGUGGCAAAGGCUAUGUGACAGAUUCAGGGGCCGCGGGACGACUCAGCACGCUGCUCAAUAGCCCUUCCGCCGCCGAGGAUGCUGUUAUCUCGCGUUCAACAAAUAAACGUCGGGGGGCACCAUCCUCGGACGAUCGCCUGCCUAUACCUCAACGGCGCGAGCUUCCUUUCGACAAGGGCGCCGAGAGCACGACUCGCUCGCCGUUGGCCCAGCCCGCAGAUACGUCCCGGAUCUCGUUGGGUUCUCACACACGUGUGGCCCGCAAUAAUUCUCCUCCACGGAAGAGGCAAUCCAUGCUAGCACCUUCCCUGCGAGGCAAACCACCGUCUGAGCUCCGACUCGACGAUUUCAAGAUCAACCCGCACGCCAACGACGGUCACGAUUUUGCCUUCGCCGAAGUGGUGCGCGAUAAAGACGACCGCGCGUGCCUGCCCGGCUGCACGGACAUGCACUGCUGCGGAAAGCAGUUCCGCGCGCUGGCCCUUUCCCAGCGGCCUGACCCGCCCCUCACACCCGCUCAACGUCUUGAGGAGCAGAAACUCUUGGAGGAGUACCUCGGCGACUACGCCUACCGCAUCGCCACCAUGAACAGGGAGGAGCGCGAUGAGCUCUGGGUGGAGGCCAAGACGCAGGAACUGGCCAACAAGUAUGGAAAGCACAGGCAUCGCUUCUCGCGCAUGCAAUCCCCGCCAGGCUUCUGGAACGCAGACUUCCCCAGCACCCAAGAGCUGGAGGCGGACAAGGCGGAGGCAGCCAAGAGGGAGAAUCAAACCGUCAUGGAGCGGUACCGAGAGGCAAUGCGGCCAGGGGGGCGGUGGAUGUUCAAGGACGAGUGACUGUACUCCAGCAUGGUAUAAAGCGUUUGCAACGGCGACACAUGGACGAUGAGAGUAGAAAAGACCUCGAGCGCAAAGUUGGCGUCGGUUUCCGAGAUGUUGCUCAGGCCUAUAGCUAGAGUCUGAUUCAAUUGGCUUGUCUAUAUCGUUG